AUGGUACCGCAUUUGCUAGAACAUAAUGGUAAUGCAACAUCUUUUGUUUCAUCUGCUUCAAUGAUUGCAACGGCGGCAGAUAGCCAAGCAACAUUACAAGCACAAAAACAACAAAAGUUGAAUGCAUCCGAAGCAGUUCUUUCGGCUUUUUCGGCUGAUGGUGCACCCCAUGCAAGUUUGGUUAGAACCAAUGCAGGAACAAAGACAGAUAAUUCAUCAGAUAAAAGUGCAGAAACAACGAAAACAUCAUCAAAACACCAACCAACAAACAGUAAAAGUAAACCAGCUCAAUCAGACGCAAACCGUGCAGCAUUUCCAGAGGUAACGUCAAAGAGUGAUUUCACAUCUUCAACUUAUGCUGCCACUUCCGCUUCUGCAUCUCAAGCUUCUACUACUCCCACACCUGCACAAAGAACAGCAAGCUGGCAUUAUUGGGGAGGUGCGUUGGGUUGCGCUCAAGGCUCAGCAUCCGGAACGGCUUACGUUUGUCAUGCAACAGGGGUUCCUGAACCUGCAAAUGAAAGGCGUCAAGAGCCAGAAGAGAGGGCAAUGGAAAUGGACGAUGAAGUGUUCGAGGAUAUGAUGGAUAAACGUCAAAGUUCGGAUAGCGGAGGUGAUGAUCCAUCCGAUAGUCCGGAUAUUGGAUGGUUAGAUGUAAUCGUUGGUGCGGUUCCAUACAAGAAUGGUGAUUUAGCACCAAGUAUCGUUUGGAUUUUAGCAACUUUGCUUUUAUUCCCACUUUUCAUUAUUCGUUUAUUCCGUCGAUCAAGUUUAAUCGCUCACGUUUUGCUCACUGUUUUCAUUUGGGGUAUUGUAAUGAUUGCAACUUUUGCCAUUCGUGCUGAUUUGGCCAAUAAAACUCCGGUAACAACUUUGAUCAGCGUUCAAAAUAUCACACUACAAAUUUUACCAUGUUUGUUGAUCGAACCUCUUUUGAACCUUUUGGCUCUUUAUGCACAACAAGGUGGAUUCCCAACAGGUGUACCAAGAGUUGCUCUAUUUUUGCGUUUCUUAAAUUUGGUCGCUUUGAUCUUGUACAUCGUCGGCGCAGCUUAUAUGGCCACUUGGCUCAGUGAUUGGAAUUCAGCCUUGCAAGAUAAUCAACAAAUCGGUGAUCGAAGCAAUUUCCCCAAUUCAGAACCUGAUUCGAUCAGUAGAAUUGGUCCAAUCGCUGGGGCUUUCAUGCAAGUUGUUUGUAUUCUUGGUGCUUUGAUCUUGAUCCCAAUCGCUCGUGGUGAAAAUGGUUCAAUGCGUCCAGGUGGUUUUAUUGCCGUUUUGGUAAUCUUGAUCACAAUUCCAGUCGUUUAUCGUGUUUUACAAACAUUACACGCUCAAGGUGAAAUCAACAGUGAAGAUGGUGGUGAUCAAAACCCAUUCAAAGUUUUGGCCAAGAAUGGAGCAACUAUGAGUGCAGCUGCCAUGAAUGCGGUUAUGAACUUGGUUCCUGUUGCUGCGAUUGCACCGCCAGGAAUGUAUAAUUCAGACGUUUCCGGUAUCGAUUGGGCGCAAUUACAACAAACUUUGGCAAGUAGAAGUAACAUUCAAUCACCCUUGGUGUUCAAUUUGGUUUACAUCUUCCCACAAUGGUUGAUGGUAUUCUUCUUCUUCUUCGUUCAUGCUCCUGGUCGUGAAAAUGACGGUAAAUUGGCCGCUGCUUCCGCUCAACCUUGA